GCUACACAAGUCAAACACCAUCCCACGAGACUGAAUCUGUUGCAGGCCCGAUGGAGGGGACAAAUGUUGACGACUCUAACGAAGGGAUUAUACCCGUAGCCGACGAUGUUGACAAAAUUUACCCACGUAGUCCAGGUAUAAGGCUGUGCAAAUAUACAGAGCUUAAUUUUAUCCUUUUUAUGUGAUAAAUCAUACAUAACAGACUUGGGCACAACCGAUUCCAAUGUAUCAAGCGUGUGACUUGUAGGAGUCCAUAUUACUCCCUCGGAACGGAUGAUAUUUGAGACCGAUGGUGAUAGCACAUAUGAUACACCAGGUAUAUAUGUACCUCCAUGUAUAUGUUCAGCUACAUGUUUUGUUAUACAUGUCAAACACCAUCACAGGAGAUGUUGCAGGCCCGAUGGAGGGGACAAAUGUUGACGACUCUAACGAAGGGGUUAUACAUGUAGCCGACAAUGUUCACAAGAUUUACCCAAGUAGUCCAGGUAUUAAGGCUGUGCAUAUUUACCUAAUAGACUUGGGCAGAACCAAUUCUAAUGGAUCAAGCGUGUGACUUGUAGGAGUCCAUAUUACUCCCUCGGAAUGGAUGAUACUUGAACAGACCGAUUGUGAAAGGACAUAUGUUCAUCAACCUUCCCAUCUGAUUACGGGUAAGUAUUAUGUUGCUGAAAGGUUAACACCAUGUGCCUACAACUUUGCCUUAUUUCGGUCCAAUAUUUUGUUAUGUUUACAUGAUGCAGACAACCACCCAAUCUCAUUCCUAUAUACUGUAGAUUCGUUGCCAGAUCUCAGUAAUCUGACAAAAGAACUAGCUAGCAUGCAACGUGAUAACGAGGAAAAGAGGCCGCAGAAUGUUCCACGCCAUCCUCUCAGUGAUAUCACUAAUGCUUAUCAACCAUCCUCUAUGGACCUUGACGAAAAAAGAGAGCUGAUAAAAGCUCGGAGGCGAGCUGCUUAUCAAAAGAAAAAAGAAGAGCCUAUCGUCAAGCAACAAGAUGAAAAUCUGUCUGCCCUUACGAUAUCAGGUAAGAAUGUUUUAUGUGUCGGCACUACGAUAAUAGUAUAUAUACUCCCUCCAUUCCACAAUAUAAUGUUAAUAUCCGACGAAAAAUGAUGAGGGUACCAUCAAUGUACAAGCAGAUGUGCAAAAUGUUACCCUGUCCCCUCUCGGUGAUAUCGCUAAUGGGUGUCAACCUACCUCGGUGGACCUUGACGAGAAAAAAGAGCAAAUAAAUGCUCGGAGGCGAGCUGCUUAUCGAAAGAAGAAAGAGGAGGCUACCUUCAAGCAACAAGAUGGAAAUUUGUCUUCCCUUACGAUAUCAGGUAAGAAUGAUUUAUGUGUCGGCACUGCGAGGAUAGUAUAUAUACUCCCUCCACUCCAGAAUAUAAGGUUAAUAUCAAUGUACAUGCAGAUAUGCAAAAUGUACCCCUGUUACCUCUCGGUGAUAUCACUAAUGGGUGUCAACCAACCUCGGUGGACCUUGACGAGAAAAAAGAGCAAAUAAAGGCUCGGAGGCGAGCUGCUUAUCGAAAGAAAAAAGAGGAGGCAGCCAGCAAGCAACAAGAUGAAAAUCUGGCUGCCCUUACGAAAUCAGGUAAGGAUGUUUUAUGUUUCAGCAAUACGAUCACCGUAUAUACUUUCUUAGUUAAGAAUGUAGGCGACACAUGUUUCCAUGCAAUUCAACCCCAUGAAUAAUUGACCAAGAAUAGUGAAUAAAAUAAUUGACCAAUAGUUGACCACUUUGUUCUACAUACAAUUCCUCAUCAUUCAUGUUCAAGUGAAAUUUUUUUUGGAAAGUCGAUAUAGGUCAGACAUACGACUUUUGAGUCCAUAUUUACACUUUAUGUAUGGGCACGGAGGGAUUAUUUAAAUAAUAAACGUUAGAUAAAGAACUAGCUUCAACCAGCCAACCCAAUUACGUCCAGCUAUACAUCAUUGUUUAACCAGCCCGUGCAGCUAUAUAAAGUAAGUGUUUGUCUAGUACAUGAAUUCUUGUUGAACAAUGAAGACCCUAAACCCUCCGUGCAGAUAUCCAAAAUGUUCCCCUGUUACCUCUCGGUGAUAUCACUAAUGGGUGUCAACCAACCUCGGUGGACCUUGAUGAGAAAAAAGAGCAAAUAAAGGCUCGGAGGCGAGCUGCUUAUCGAAAGAAAAAAGAGGAGGCAGCCACCAAGCAACAAGAUGAAAAUCUGCCUGCCCUUACGAAAUCAGGUAAGAAUGUUUUAUGUUUCAGCAAUACAUUGAUCGUAUAUACUUUCUUAGUUAAGAAUGUAGGCGACAUAUGUUUCCAUGCAAUUCAACCCCAUGAAUAAUUGACCAAGAAUAUUGAAUAAAAUAAUUGACCAAUAGUUGACCACUGUGUACUAUAUACAAUUCCUCAUCAUUCUGGUUCAAGUAAAAAAACUUUGGAAGUCGAUAUAGGUCAGACAUACGACUUUUGAGUCCAUAUUUACACUUUAUGUAUGGGCACGGAGGAAUUAUUUAAAAAUAAACAUUAGAUAAAGAACUAGCUUCAACCAGCCAACCCAACUACGUCCAGCUAUACAUCAUUGUUUAACCAGCCCGUGCAGCUAUAUAAAGUAAGUGUUUUUCUACUACAUGAAUUCUUGUUGAACAAUGAUGGUCUGAUUAUGUUUUCACACUAUUGUUUAACCAGCCAACCCAACAACGUCUAGCUAUACAUCAUGGUCAUAUGAUGAUGCCCCAUUGCCUCCUUCAACUGCAUCUGGUGUCAUUCAUGAUAAAAAACAAGCUAGGCGUCAAAAUGAUAAAGAACGCAAGCGUAACUUAAGGUUAAGGGACGGGCAAAGGGAGCAGGAAAAUGCGCAGAGGCGAGCAGAUUAUCGGAAGAAUGUGGAUAACGGAACGAUCGAUCUUCAACAAAAAAAUCAAAAUCAAAGAGAAUGGCGCAUGCAACACCGAGAAAGCAUGACUUCUGAUGAGAAGGGCGAGUCGAGUGCUCAGAGAAAGGCAAAGUAUGCUGCAAAGAAAAACACUCUGUGUGCUGAAUCGAUCGCAAUGCCGCGUCCAGAUCUAACUAGCACAAUGUCUGACUCUCACGCAGCACCUGACUUUCGGUCCACAUCUGUGUGUCUAGAUGGGGGCCCUGCAAUGAGUAUGCCGACGUACCCUGUCGGUACCGACGGUAAGAAUUGGGUACUGUCACUCUUCUACAAAAAUUUUCAGUUGUACCGUCUCUUUCUUACCAUCUCAAUGAAUAGGCAUCAUGCGGGAGGAUCGUGCUCCUACCGUCAAGGCAGCCCCCACAUACAUUCGUAACAUCGAAACCGAUGGUAGUUAUCCCAUUAACGGUCAUCUUUCAUUUUGUAAUCAUUCAUCAGAUAUUUAUAAUGAUUCAAAAAUGGUGCAGGUGCCUAUCUAAGCAGAACCUUAGGUGAUGGUGCUGUAGAUGGCAACCUCAGCAAAAUCAAUGAGCACCUAACAAGUGCCGACCAGCAAACCAGUCAUCCGCUAACAAUAGCGGAUAAUGGAGCUGACCAGCAGAGGCAUGAGUCCAAAACUCAGCCUAGGACGAGAGAGCGAUCUUGCAAGGGAAGUAUGGCGGCGAAGAAGUGUCAGGAGAAAAUUGGCAAGCGGAAAUCAUGUACGAAGGUGCCACGUGGUGAGAGGAACGCUCUGCUAGAUCGUCGUAAUGAAAGCUUUGCGGGUAGGGUGAAGACCCCAACCGUCAGGUCCAUCUCCAUACCGGAAAUGAGCUCAACUGGACAACCUACCGUAGUUGAAGCACACGGUGCCUCAACCUCAUCUAGCACGCUGGAGUACACGAUCAGAAGUGAAAGUAACACUCCCAUCCUUACUCUCCUUGCGUCCCUUGAGACUGAACCCUCAUUUAUUGGUUUCGCACCUGAGCAGACGACAUGGACGCUUACCUUAGUCGUCUCAUGAAUGAUAAUGUCAACCCUGACAACCUCUUUGACGAUGAGUAUUACCUGUUUGCUGCUGAAGGCUCAGAUGCUGAUGACAUGGAGCACGACGAAUUGGAAGACUCAAGUCACAAUAGCUAUGUCGACCAUGAUCCAUUGGACUAUGUCUACUCAAACCUCCCAGACCACACACACAUCCUGAAGCAUGCCGCGAACUGCGUUCACUGCAAGGCCAAGAAGUUUGUGUCUGAGGCCUCGGGAUUCUGCUGUCGCAGUGGGCAGAUCGAGCGGAAGCAACCGGAGCUAAUGAGGCUUUGGUCUAGCAUGGAUGCGGACUCAAGGCAUUUUCGGGAGAACAUACGGUUCUUCAACGGCCACUUCUCCUUCACAACCCUCGGCGUCAGCCUCGAUGAAAGCUACACAAACAUGAAGUCUGGGGUGUACACGUUUCGGGCGCACGGCACCAUCUACCACAACGUUCAUUCCUUCGGGCCAACAUCCCGUCCAGAGCAUCUACAGUUGUACUUCUAAGACGACGACCCAGGCCUAACCCAUCGCAAGGCUGCCACCGAGCAAUUAGACCAGGAUGUCGUCAGAAAGUUAGUGGGCAUACUCAGGGAAAACCCAUACUCCCAGCAGUUCAGGAGUUUGGGUGCGCACAGGGACAACCUCGACGAUUACAGGAUAGACCUCAACACUGACCAGAGACUAGACCAAUGGAAGUAUAAUAGACCUCUGUCAUCUGAGGUCGCUGCAAUUUGGGUGGAGGGCACUGACCUAGCGAAGAGGUUCGAUCGUAGGAUUACACUUUGCGGGAAUGACAACCAGAGGCACAGUAUACAUGUGACGGCUGGCUUGUAUGACCCGCUCUCUUACCCACUCUUCUACCCAAGGGGGGAGCUCGGUUGGCACCCGAAACUACCUAAACGUGACAUCCCUUGGCCGGUUGUGCAACAACCAAGAGGUAGACGUGAUGAUGAUGAUGAGGAGGAGGAGGAUGCAGGUAAGCCUUAUGUGUAUUCUGUCGUUUAGAUGAAUUGUAUACUUCUCAUAUGAAUCCUAAUGUCCGCGUUACUCAUCCAUGUGCAGAGGGAAUAGCAGGUUAUGCGUGUUGGUGAGAGACUACUACUGUUACAUGCUCCAGAUACGACCUGGGAUAUGCAAUCCCAUACUCUGUGGAGCACGAUUGCUCCAGCAAUGGGGGGUGGACAUGUACAUCAAGAUUGAGAGUUGUAGGUUGAAAUGGUACAGGAAGAACCAGACAAAGAUUCGUGCCGACCUGUAUAAAGGAGUUGUUGAUGCAAUUACAUCCGGCGAGACCCGGGCAAGCGCUGUUGGAGUAAGGAUAGUGCUCCCUGGAACGUACCCAGGUGGCGACCGUGACAUGAAGCGGAGGCAUAUGGAUGCCAUGGCAAUUGUCCAUCCCUACGGGAAGCCUGGCAUCUUCUUGACCAUGACCUGCAACCCUAA